AUGACGAUAUCAUUGGUGGAUUAUGCUGUUUUUAUUUUCAGUUUAUCACUUUCUGUUUGUACAGGCGUUUAUCAUGCUAUUAGAGCUUAUUAUUCAAAAUCAGAAUUAUCAAAAAAUGAAGAAUAUAUGAUGGGUGGUAAAAAUAUGCCAGCAUUUCCCGUUGCAUUAAGCUUAUUAACAACUUUCUUAUCGGGUAUAUUAAUGCUUGGCGUUCCAGCAGAAAUGUUUCAACGAGGUGCUAAUAUAUGGAUGAAUUUUAUUGUUGGUGUAAUAGCAUCAUUAUUAACUGCCACUAUAUUUUUACCAGUAUUUUAUAAAAUGAAAAUAUUUGGAAUGAUUACAACACUAUACACAACGAUUGGUGGAUUAAAAGCAGUUGUGUGGACAGAUUCAUUACAAGCAUUGUUAAUGUAUGGUGGCGUAUUCACUUUGGUUUACGUUGGAUUGCAAAAUCCAAAAGUUGGUGGAUUUAAUCGCGUAUGGAAUAUAGCCUAUAAUACAGGUCGAAUACAAGAUGCAUGGCGGAAUGAAUUUACGAUUUUUCAGCUUGCAGUACAGCGAUAUUUUUCGCUACCAAGAUUUUCUGAUGCCACAAAAAUCAUUUAUCAUACAAUUAUUCCAUUUCUUCUACUCUGUAGUCUUGUUGCCUUUAUUGGAUUCAUCGCCUUAGCUUAUUACUUCAAUUGUAAUCCAUUGGAAACCGGUGAAAUUAACGAUUCGGAUCAACUUAUUAUAUUAUUUGCUAGAGAAGUACUAACACCAACACGUGGAUUGUUUGGUUUAUACGUUUCAUGCAUUAUGUCAGCAACACUUAGUACACUAUCGUCCGGUAUGAAUAGUAUGGCAGCAGCUAUUUAUGAAGAUUUUUUCAAGAAAAAUUUAUAUGGUAAAAUUAGCGACGCUAAAACGGCAACAAUGAAUAAAAUCAUCGUAAUGACGAUUGGAAUUUUGUCAACUAGUUUAGCAUAUUCAGCUGAACCACUUGGAGGCAUUCUAAGGGUGUGUAUAAGUGUAAUGGGCGCUACCGGUGGACCAUUUGUCGGUAUCUUUGUUCUCGCUAUGUUUUGGCCAAAAGCUGGCGAAAAAUCUACGUUUAUUUCAUUUGUUUCAUCAUGCAUAAUAAUGAUGAUAAUUUGUAUAAUAAAUUAUAUUGAAGAUCCAUAUGGUCAAUAUUUUUUAGAAACUAAUUCAACUCGAGAAGGUUGUAAAAAUAUUAAUUUUACACGUCGAGCUUUACCUCCAUACGAUGCUUAUUAUGGCAAUCCUGAAAAAUCAUUGAUUUCGAGAAUCUCUACAUAUUCAUAUCCGGGUAUUGGCAUGAUUAUUAUGUUAAUUAUUGGUGCAUCAUUAACACAUUUCUGGAAGGAACAAAAUCCGGAAGAAAUUAAGCAUCUAACUUUCUAUGGUCGUCAGUAA